AUGGCCAAGAUGAAUCAGCCACCAAAGGGUUUGGCUUUUUCCCCCAGAAUGCUGAGGGUAGAAGCUGCUUGUGCAGGAAGUGAGUGGAGGAGGGGGAGAGCCAUGGAGGAGAACUGCACCGGCUGACCGAGACCAUCCUCAACCUCACCCUGGAGAUCAUCUACCUGCUGACCGGGGAGGAUCAUAUAGUGGUGAAAAUGACAUCAGGGAAUAAAGACAACCCUAUUAAAGCGCCUUCAUCUCUGUCCUUGAAAACCGAAACGCAUAACCGAAAAAAGAUUCUAGAAGUCACCAACAAGAUCACCAAGCUGCUGACGGGAGAGGUUUCUAUAAGGUGUCAGGAUGUCACUGUCUUUUUCUCCAUGGAGGAGUGGGAGUAUUUAGAAGGACACAAGGAUCUCUACAAGGACGUCAUGAUGGACAAUCAACCGCCCCUCACAUCACCGGAUGGAUCCAGUAAUGGGAACCCACCAGAGAGAUGCCCCUGUCCUCUGUAUUCUCGGCAUUCUGCACCGGAAGACCAGAAGAUCCCUCACCAUCAGCAGAGGGAAGAUCUGAAAACUGAGGUUAAAGCCGGUACAUCUAGUAAAAGAAACCCACCAGAGAGAUGUCCCCAUCCUCUGUAUUCCUGGGAUUCCACACUGAAAGGUCACACCAUCCCUCACCGUCAUCAGGUAGAUGGAUCUAGUAAUGGGAACCCACCAGAGAGAUGUCCCCGUCUUCUGUAUUCCUCGGAUUCCACACAGGAAGGUCACACCAUCCCUCACCAUCAUCAGGUAGAUAGAUCCAGUAAUGGGAACCCACCAGAGAGAUGUCCCCAUCCUCUGUAUUUCCGGGAUUCCACACAGGAAGAUCAUACCAUCCUUCACCAUCAUCAGGGUAGAAGCUGGAGCAAUUUUAAUACUACUAUUAAAAAAGAGAUAAAAGAAGAGAAGGAGGAUAGUAUGAUGGAGGGAGGAAUGGAGAUAUUUAGAACGACACAAGGAUCUCUACAAGGACGUCAUGAUGGACAAUCAGCCGCCCCUCACAUCACCGGAUGGAUCCAGUAAUGGGAACCCACCAGAGAGAUGUCCCCGUUCUCUGUAUUCCCCGGAUUCCACACAGGAAGAUCACACCAUCCCUCACCAUCAUCAGGUAGACGGAUCCAGUCAUGGGAACCCACCAGAGAGAUGUCCCCAUCCUCUGAAUUCCACACAGGAAGAUCAUGAGAUCCCUCACCAUCAUCAGGUAGACGGAUCCAGUAAUGGGAACCCACCAGAGAGAUGUCCCCGUCCUCUGUAUUCCCGGGAUUCCACACAGGAAGAUCAUGAGAUCCCUCACCAUCAUCAG